AUGGAUCUGCACCAAAGCACCACCAUCACCUUCCUUGAGAAAUGGUGUUUGGAUGAGUCACUGUCUGGCUGCAGGAGGCAUUAUAAUGUCAGGAAAAAACUGAAGUUAAUUCGAAUCUUGGGCCUUUUCAUGGGCCUGGUAGCCAUUAGCACUGUCUCACUUUCAAUCAGUGCCUUUUCUGAGACAGACACACAGAGCACAGGAGAGGCCAGUGUUAGUGGCCCUAAGGUAGCACACAGUUACCAUCAAAGAACUCUCUUAGAUUUAAAUGACAAGAUUCAGGAUUAUACUCCACAGCCACCUCAUUCUCAGGAAGGCAAAUCUGAGAAUAGUACAGAUCAUGCCCAAGGAGACUAUCCUAAAGACAUCUUUUCCCUUGAAGAGAGAAGAAAGGGUGCCAUUAUUCUCCAUGUCAUUGGAAUGAUCUACAUGUUCAUAGCCUUAGCCAUUGUCUGCGAUGAAUUCUUUGUUCCUUCUUUGACUGUCAUCACUGAAAAACUGGGCAUCUCUGAUGAUGUGGCUGGAGCCACCUUUAUGGCUGCGGGGGGGUCAGCCCCAGAACUUUUCACAUCUCUCAUAGGGGUAUUUAUUGCUCAUAGCAACGUUGGCAUAGGCACAAUCGUAGGUUCAGCAGUGUUCAAUAUCCUCUUUGUUAUUGGCAUGUGUGCUCUGUUUUCUAGAGAAAUCUUAAACCUGACAUGGUGGCCACUCUUUCGGGAUGUGUCCUUCUACAUCAUUGACUUGAUCAUGCUGAUCAUAUUUUUCCUGGAUAAUUUUAUCAUGUGGUGGGAAAGCUUGCUUCUCUUAACAGCUUAUUUUGGCUAUGUGGUUUUCAUGAAAUUCAACGUCCGAGUAGAAAGAUGGGUGAAGCAAAUGAUACAUCGCAAUAAAGUCGUCAAGGUGACAGCACCAGAAGCCCAAGCAAAGUCAUCUGCAACCAGGGACAAGGAUGAACCGGCUCUACCGGCUAAGCCGCGUCUCCAGCGAGGUGGAAGCUCUGCCUCCCUCCACAACAGUCUCAUGAGGAACAGCAUCUUCCAGCUCAUGAUACACACCCUUGACCCACUCGCCGAAGAACUUGGAUCAUAUGGAAAACUAAAAUAUUAUGACACAAUGACUGAAGAAGGAAGGUUCCGAGAAAAGGCUUCAAUUCUCCACAAGAUUGCCAAGAAGAAAUGCCAGGUGGAUGAGAACGACAGGCAGAAUGGGGCUGCCAAUCACGUGGAAAAAAUCGAACUCCCGAACAGCACGAGCACAGAAGUUGAAAUGACAACACCCAGUGAUGCUUCGGAACCUGUACAAAACGGAAAUCUCUCCCACAGCAUUGAAGCCGCAGGAGCGCAGACGGCUGAGGAGGAGGAGGACCAGCCUCUCAGCCUGGCCUGGCCUUCCAGUUCCCGCAAGCAAAUCACAUACCUGAUCGUUUUCCCCAUAGCGUUUCCUCUCUGGAUAACCUUACCUGACGUUCGCAAACCUUCGUCGAGGAAGUUUUUUCCCAUCACAUUCUUCGGCUCCAUCACCUGGAUCGCAAUAUUCUCUUACCUGAUGGUCUGGUGGGCACACCAGGUUGGAGAGACAAUUGGCAUUAGUGAAGAGAUUAUGGGUCUGACCAUCUUGGCUGCUGGGACCUCCAUCCCUGACCUUAUCACCAGUGUCAUUGUGGCCCGGAAGGGGCUGGGGGACAUGGCCGUGUCCAGCUCUGUUGGAAGCAACAUUUUUGACAUCACUGUAGGGCUCCCACUGCCCUGGCUCCUGUACACCGUCAUUCACAGAUUCCAGCCGGUGGCGGUCAGCAGCAAUGGCCUCUUCUGUGCCAUCGUCCUCCUCUUCAUCAUGCUGCUCUUCGUCAUCCUCUCCAUUGCCCUCUGCAAAUGGCGGAUGAACAAAGUGCUGGGCUUCAUCAUGUUCGGCCUCUACUUUGUGUUCCUGGUGAUCAGCGUCCUCCUAGAAGACAGAAUUCUUGUGUGCCCUGUCUCCAUCUAG